AUGAAAGUCGUCGAUGAAGACGAACCUAUGAAGGUCAAUGAUGAGAACAAAGCCACAAAGGAAAACGAGGAAAAUGAAGCCAAAGAGUUGAAUGAUAAACAGAAAGACAUGAAGGAGAACGACGGAGACGAAGAUACGAAGGUAAAUAAUGAGAACGCAAAGGAGAACGGCGAAGAGGAAACCAUGGGAGCGAGCGACGAAAAUAAGGAAACAAAGAAAACAGGCGAAGAGGAUGCCGAAUCGAAGAUAGAAGAGGAAAUAGCAAAGAAGGACGACGACGAAGCCAUGGAGAUGAGCGAUAAAAACACAUCCAUGAAUGACACCUGUAAAAGUGAAGCCACAAAAACGGAAGAUGAGAGCAGAUCCUUGAAGUUGUUCGACAAAUACAAAACAAAGUUCUCUCACAUUUCGACAGAACGCGCAUUUGUUGAGUUCAUAAUAGCACAUGCAGUUUUUCACUUGAUUGUUAUGAAUUUCUUGAGUUAA